AUGAAGAUUUCUUUUGAUGCAGGUCCACCGUUGAACAUCUCAGUGUACAUCACAGUCGUUUCCUUCGGUGCGAUAAAGGAAAUUAACAUGGAAUAUACUCUGGAUAUAUUUUUUAAGCAAUCCUGGAACGAUCCAAGGUUGACGCAUGAUCUUAAAAAGCCAAUCCUACUUUCCGGCAGCGAAAAGGGCAAAUUCUGGCUCCCUGACACCUUCUUUUUAAAUGUGAAAACAGCAAAGUUUCACCAUGUUCCGGCCGCCAAUAGCAGAGUUCUGAUUGCCCGGAACGGGGAUAUAGAACUCAGCGAGAGGUUAACAGUCUCUGCGUCCUGCAGAAUGAAUUUAAGGGAUUAUCCCCUAGAUACGCAGACGUGUGUCCUUGAAAUUUUGAGCUACUCGUAUGACAUUAAUGACAUGGAUUACCACUGGGACGCCAAACAGGCGGUCAUCAUUUUGGAUGAUGAAAUGUCAGAGUUCGAGCUAGCUGAUGCCCAAAGUGAGAGGAAGCUAGUGAAAUACGUCAUAGGUACCUACUGCCAUUUGGUCGCAAAGUUUGUUUUCCGAAGAAGGCUGGCAUACUCAUUCAUUCAAAUUUACUCUCCAACCUUUCUCAUCGUUGUUCUUUCCUGGUUGUCAUUCUGGAUUUCUAAAGACGCAGUCCCAGCGAGAGUUGCUCUUGGAAUAACUACGGUGCUGACUAUCGUCACACUUAUGGGCUCACUUAGAAAUUCCGUUCCUAAGGUUUCCUACAUCAAAGCUAUCGACUCCUAUCUCAUUGUCUCCUUCAUCUUUGUGUUUGGUGUCCUCCUUGAAUACGUAGCAGUUCUCAUGCACAGUGAAAAGAAAACAAAGAAGGCUAAAAAGCGUAGUUCACAAUCAAGAGAUUACUCUUUAGCUGAAAUGGAGAUAGAAACUUUCAAUGCUACAAAAUCUUCAGUAGUACCCCGCACAAGAUCAACUCACAGUUUACCACCACGACCACAAUCAACGCAUAGUCUACCACCACGACCACCAUCAUCAUAUAGUUUACCACCGAAAUCUGUCCUGCGAAAUUCUUAUCCGAGACAGAGCGUUCCUGGUCCAGCUAUUCAACACAGCCCUUACACGACCAAUCCGCCGAGAACAACCAUCAUACAGUGCAUUCCCAGUUUCUGCCUUGCACUUGGGUCCAAUAGUGAAGUUGACAUCUUUGACAGAAUUGCCCGAAUCCUUUUCCCGUUGAGUUUCUUCAUGUUUAACAUUGGUUAUUAUUUCCGAUAUAAAGACUAUUAGUCCUCAUCGCCUUGGAAUCGCCACCAUACUCAGUUUUAACGACGUACAUAUCUAUUCUAUGUUGGAUGCGCAGAAGAAUUGGGUGCCUAAUAUCAGAUUUAACUCUAUCGAGUCAGUAAACAUUAAUUGUGAAUCAGUCGAAUUAAGAAACAAGAUAAAUUAAGAAACAAGAUAAAUUAAGAAACAAGAUAAAUUUAAAGAUUAAAUUAAGAAAAAAAAAGAAACCGCCAAGAGGCCACAACCACAAUAACAACAGCAGCAAGCAGUAGCGGCAGAAAAUGAAGAGAACAUGUAUAAUGUGCUAUAAUGAGAAAAAUAUUAUCAAGUUAAAAAAUAAACAAGCCUGACUUACGAGGUGAUUAAGUUUGAUUGGAAUUUUGCCUUUUCAUCAUUACAUAGAUGUAGAGAGAACAAAACGCCGGAUUCUUCCUUCGCUUGUUUUCUUUGGAAGCCCUUCUAGUGUGUCCGAAGUUUCUUUCGAUUCGAGUUCGGCUUCACUCGCAUUGGCUUCAUCGCUUUCGCGGUCUAAACUUUGAUUUAUUUUUCGUAAGCCGAUUCAAUCUCAGUUAACCAUUGGUGUUAUAAGAGUAAGAGAACCGGCAGAUUCUAAACUGUCCGUUGUUGAAUAUCAUUUGAUAUAGUAUGUCAUGGUAUCUCGACUCGUCACAUUGCCCGUUCGCUAUGUUUUGGCGGACUGUUUAUUUCAGGAUUUCUCUCCAGCCUGUUUACUUGAACGUUUUUCAGCAGGCGUUUUUCCCUUUCGGGACGUUUUAGUAACCUUUCGGGUCUGUGCCACAACCAUUUUGCUGUCAGAAGCAUCAAGGAGACUUCUGUCUGCGAAAUAGAGAUGUGAUGGAGUUGGCGUUGUCUUCUAACAUAGACGGCCAAACUCACCCAAGUCUUCUUUUAACAGUCGAAAGCUAUUCGUCCCGAACAACUUGGUCUCCUGAG